GUUUAUGUUGCUUUUUUUGAGUUUGGAGUUUCAAACUGUGAUCUACACACAAAGGCCCAGUUCUUUCCUUGCAUUUGUCUAUGCGUUGUUUAAAGUGUGAGGUAUUUUUCUGCAGUAGACUUCUGUUUUAGGACAUCAUAACUCGCCUUCUCUGUGCCAGUGUUCUGCCUUCUCUGUCUGUGGGAAAUUAAGAAGACUUUUCCACUUGAUGUGCAGUGAGCUGAACUUGACAGUCAUCCGUAGUUACACUUGCGCAAAUUAAGAAGCGCAAUGGUUGCAACAAUUGUCAGCCUCUGUGUCUUGUAGCUGGAGCAGUUAGAGUUACACUUUCGUUUGUGUGCUGUGUGGUGAUCAUUCCUCUACACAGUUAUAUUAAUCUUUUUAAAAGACCUUACUUGCUUUACUUCUUGAGAAGAUGUAAUGAUUCAUACCACUGUGACUCAGAAUAAGUAAAAAAAAAAGACAGCAUGUAUCAUUGGCCUAUGCUUUCAUUGCGUAUACUUCCUUCUCUUUUUCUGCCUUAUUUCCUUAAAAAAUGCAUCUUUAAACUGGUCUGGAACAGUAUAACAUGUUUUCUGACAUUUCUGAGAUCUUAGACUAUUAAAAUACACAACACCUCCCUUUCAGGGUUUACAAUUAUUACAAUAGAUUACUAUUGUUUUCUGGCUGGUGAGUGAAGCAAAUCUACCAGCCACUUGCAUAUUUUACCAGCAUUUGGCUAGUAGAUGGUGCUAAUUUUGAACCCUGUUCCCUUUACCCUCUCUGCUCACCCCGGUGUCACCCCAAACACCCAUUUCUGACCUCUUCCUUGUUUUCUUGUCAUCCAGCAAUCAUCUUAUAAAAUGUCUACAAUGAAGACAUGCCUUAACUUUUUAUCAGAAACUACGAAAUUCGGGCGGCUGGGUAGCUCACCUAGAGCGCACACCCAUAUAUAGAGGUUACUCAUAGACGCAGCAUAUACAUUGAGUACCUGAAGCUGUUGUUUUCUAACACCUGCCCCUGCUCCUGAUGGUCUUAAAGUAAAACCUAAAGCUUAAAACCUUGUUUGGAGUGACUCCACUCUUACACUGUAUCCUGACAAGUUGAUGAAAGCAUCAUGACAAAAGUGUUCAAUAUCCAAAGCAAAACAUUUUCAUGCCUCCUUUUCUUUUUCCACUGUCACCUUUUUUUUGUUGCUUUCCUGCUUCUUUUCUGUCCUUUUUUUGGGGAGGUAAUCCCAACCAGCAGCUCUCUUGGACUCUCUCUCCCUCUUUUUCUCUUUCUCCCCUCCCUCCGUCCCUCCUCUCUCUCCCCCACCCCCCACCCCCUUCUUCUCGCUGGGUGCCAGAGCUCCAGUGUGAGCGAGCUCCAGUUCCAGCUGGCCUCCCCACUGCGCUACUCGUAUGGCGGACUCUCCUCUUAACAACUCCUGGCCCUCCUUCUCCAAACUCUGGAUGAAGAGAUGGUCCUUCAAGAGAGCAUCAGAGUGCAAGCCAUGUCAGUCCUGUGGGCCUCCCAGUGCCCAGAUUUGUGUCCAGCCUCAUGCUCCCAGCGAGACAGGAUCUUCCUCCUCACUAUCCCCUGCCUCUAUCUCUGAGGAUGUCUUCUUCGGUAGUACCAAUAAAGACCAGGAUGCGUGUUCAGUAGUCAGUGACUACGACUGCCCCUGUGUGGAGGUGAGCAGCAGUGUGGAGGACCUACUGGGCCUCAGCUCUUCUCUCAGAGACUCAGAGUACUUUAAAGACCUGCAGGAAGAGAUAGCGCCUUCCACAGUAACCACAGUCCCAGAGAGCAAAACCCUAAAUGUUGGCCCACAGGUGUCCCUAAACACAGACAGUCCUGCCAUCAACCAGCCUGCACAGACUUCUUGGAGCACACUCUCCCCUCAGGACAAUGCGCUAUCUUCCCUUUAUUAUAUACACCCUGCAGAAGAACUUCAUCAAAACUUUGUGGUCACUCAGCUAAGUCCGAAGUUAUUGCCAGGUUGUACCAUUGACCGCGGUGACGCCACAGGCCCUGCAGUAGGGCUUAGCUUGACAAUUAAUCUAAAUGGACUGUUGGGAUCAAUGGAAACAGCAAAAGGAAUAACAGGACCAGAGGAAGUAAAGGAGCAACCCACUAUGGAUUUUGAUGGAGAAUCAGACCUGGACAGCGUUCCUAUUUUAGUCAGAUCCAUGUCAACGUCUCGGAGGCACAGCUGGGGUGUCCCUUUGUCCCCCAUCAACCUGGGGAGGAGACUGAGUCUGGAUACCAUGGCCAUGGACAGCGAUGGAGAGGGAGAGGAUGAUGAGGAGGGACAGAAAUGUCUCUUCCAGUCGACCCAGCAGACCUACAGCUGCACAGCAUGUCCUGGAGAGAAGACAGAUGACUCCAGGCUGACGGUCCCCUGUCCAAGAGCCAGGGUCACUAGCAUGGCUGGCGGUGGCAGGCAUCUGUACUCCCGCUCAGAGAUCCUUGCCACAGACGAAUGUUCCCGCGCUGCACACAUUUCUCGUGUUGUGCAGACAUCCAAACAGGCCGCAAGGGCAGCAGGAGCAGAGGAGUUUGACCCUGAAGAAAACUUACAUUCUACUGAAGGACAUAUGCUGAUGGUACAGAAAGUUCUGCAGGAGCUAAAGCUGUACCAUGGAGCGAAGCAGAGGAACAUCAGACCAGACACCAAAGUUUCAGGAAAUGUCACUUGGUACGAGUUCCUCAAUAAUGAGAAUGAUGAAGAGGAGGAUCGUACAGAGAAGGUGGAGAAAGGCACCAAGGUGAAGAGGACUCUAAGCUCUCUAAGGAACAGGGUGACCGGCUCCUUCAAUAAAGAUAAGGGUAAGAACCGAGAAAAAGAAAAAAAAAAAAAAAAAGGAAAAAAGAAGAUUACAUAA